GUGAAUAGAAAAAAAAAAAAGCACGGGGAGUUAAGUUCUCGGGACGCGGGGAAGUUCUCCGCACACUAAUGUUUGGCGCUCUCCAUGACCGAGAACACGCAGACGUCCCCGAGAAGUGAGCUGCACUCAGGCACCAGGACACCGGAGAGGCGCUUCAGCGAGGCACGGGAGGAAGAGGAGAGGAAGGGCGAGAGAGAGAGAGAUAGGGACCCUAUCUCACUCUCCCUGUUGAGGUCUUCGGCUGCUCGCGUCUCACGACUGCAGGACCAUGUCCAGUAAAGCGACGUUAGCCUUUCUCAUCUAUGGCAUCAUGAUGCAUUACAGAGUCUACUGCUCACCUGUGGGGCUCAGCUUCCCCUCUGUUCGACUGGACAGUGAGGUUUACGACGAGGACGGGAACUCGUUUCCGUCCCUGGACUACGACGGGGACCAGGCGGAUGCCGCGUCCGUCGGGGACGACGUCUUCACGCUGUACUACCCGCCGGAGACAAGAACGGAAAGGCAUGCAGACGGCAUGUUUAAUAAAGCCUACAGGAAAGCGCUGGGUCAGUUAUCAGCCAGGAAGUAUCUGCAUUCUCUGAUGGCAAAGCGUGUAGGGGGGGGCAAAACCAUGGACGACAGCUCAGAGCCCCUCUCCAAGCGGCACUCGGACGGCAUCUUCACGGACAGCUACAGCCGCUACCGAAAGCAAAUGGCAGUCAAGAAAUACCUGGCGGCGGUCCUUGGGAAAAGCCUUGGAGACGUAGGUUUUCACCGUAUCCUUCAAGACAUAGACUUUGACGCCCUCCCGGACGGGGAUGAGUUUGAGGCUUUUUUGGGAGACUGGCUGAAACAGUUCUCUCCCGAAUUCCCGGUGAGUUUCAGGGUCUUUCCUGAGGCCGUAAUCCUCGCAGGGGCCUCUAAUGUCCCUCCUUCCUCCUCUCGCCUUUAACCCUCAAACACUCCUCACUUCUUCCGCCUCACCUGUGCUCCUGUCUCUCUACAGCCUCACACACUUUGAACCCCUUUGCUCAGAUGAUCGGAUGGAUUUGUCCCCUUUUAUGAACGUUGUGACGAUUCCUCUAGUAGAUCUGGCUUGGACCAAAUUACUUAAAGCCCUUUCAAAAUGCCGAUUAUCAAUUUUUAAAUAAGUAAAAUGGGAUUCUUGAAAAAAAAGAGAAAAAAACCCAAAUCUGAGAUGAGGACAGGAGCACUUUUGAGAGUGAGCUCCUUUGACUCAUGUAGAUCUCGCGUUUCUAUCGAACCGGUUACUUCUGAAGGCUCCUCGUGGUUCUCUGCCCAUGUAACAAGUAUCACCCACAUCUCAAGCACCCCGCGGCAAAUUUGAAAAACACAAAAACAAAAAACACACAAAAAGAAGACACGAUGCUUGUUACAUGGUAACUUAUCUAUUCACUUGGUGAGAGACAUUCGAGGCAAAUUUAACUCCUGUGUUUGGAACCUUCUGGGUCUGUUGUGCUUCCCUUUUCUGUCAUGUGAACCAAUGUAAAGAAAAAACUGCAGUAGAUUGCAUGAUUAAACUAAUGGCAAACAGCCAGCGCACCAGUGCACACGACUCCACCUGGACGGCUGUGCUUGCUUUCUGACUACUGAAAACAUUCCUGUCAUUUCUGGAUGUUGUUUUGUGUUCUGUUCUCACAUUUCUACCCGAACUGUAUGUUGAACCUUGUCCCACGCUGACGAAUUAUCUGAAUGUACUUGACUGUUGGCAAGAAUCUCUCAAUGUCACGCUUUAUCCUUUAGCCCUUUUGUUGCAUUGUUCACGAAGAACAAGUUGGGAUGUUUAAAGUGGUUUAAACGGCUGCCAUGACGGACGUAGAUCAGGAGAAGAGGGAGGAUGAGACGCAGACACACACACACAGAGGUCCAGAGAAGCAACAACAGCAAAGUUGAGCGAUCACAUGUUGUGAAAUCGACAAGACACGACUAAAAACUGACAAAUCACAUUCCGCCGGGUCGGCACACUUCUCACCAUAUUUGUUAGGGAGGAAUACAUUUUUUUUUGCAGAAAAAGCAAGUUUAAAAACAGCAUGGUUAAAAAAAAAUCUGUGUUUAUUGUAUCAAUCUUUCUUUAACUUUGCAUUUUCCUCUAGGCUUUGUGACGCAGGAAGCAGUUUGCGGCUGUGGUGCCUUGCAUCGACUUAUAAAUCGCCAUGAAUCACAGAUGGCUAUUUAGUGGCCCUACAAUGCUGCACAUCAUCAGCUUACAUUCCACCCUUGUGUUGUCGUUUUUCCGUGUUGCACAGACGAUUUUUAGGAUCUCUGGCAGCACUCAGCUUUAGACGUCGAGCGCUCCUGCUUGCACUGCUUUCUUUUGCACUUUGUUUUUAGAGCUGUAGACGUAAAUGUUGUGUGAAAAUAGAGGGACGGAUGAGUUUCCCGCUCUCCAUGAAACAUUAUAUGUCUGAAAGCGCCAACAGCCUUACUAAAAUGAAAUAAUCUUCAAAGAUAUACAUAUAUAUAUAUAUAUACAUUUACUGUGUAGAAAGUGAACAUUCGAUUACUACUUCAAACGGCGACCUGCAAGGGUCAAGUCAAUAAAUGUUUAAAAAAAAAAAGUGUUGUAAGAUUUGUAUGAAUAAAUUUUUGUAAACAACAAAAA